AUGGCAAAAGACAAUCACUCGGCGGUAGCUGAAUUCGUCCUCUCAGGCCUCACGGACAACGCAGCGCUUCAGGCCGUCCUCUUUGGUGUCUUCCUACUGAUUUACUUAGUCACCGUGGCGGGAAACCUGGGUCUGAUUGUGCUAAUCCAGGUCAGCCCUCAGCUGCACACACCUAUGUAUUUUUUCCUCAGCCACCUGGCUUUUGUUGAUUUUUAUGGUACUUCCACCAUCACCCCGAACACGCUCGUGAACUGUCUGCGUGAAAUUAAAAGCGUGCCGUUUUAUGCAUGUGCCACUCAAGUGUGUUGUUUCAUCACGUUUUCAGUCUGGGAAUUAUCAAUGCUCUCCGUCAUGGCCUACGAUCGGUACGUUGCCAUCUGCAACCCUUUGCUCUAUGCAGCGCUCAUGCCCAGGAGCCUCUGCAUUCAGAUCGUCACCAGCUCCUACGUUUACGGACUCGCCGUGGGACUCGUACAAGCAGUGGCCACAUUCCGCAUGACUUUCUGCGACUCCAAUGUGGUCAACCAGUUCUACUGCGAUGACGUUCCCUUGAUUGCUCUGGCUUGUUCCGAAACGCGUGUCAAGGAGUUGAUGCUGUUCAUCAUUGCUGGGCUCAAUAUUUUUUGUUCGCUUAUCACUGUCCUCAUCUCCUACGUGUACAUCGUCUUUGCUAUCCUCAGGAUUCGCUCUGCGGAAGGAAGACACAAAGCUUUUUCUACCUGCGCCUCCCACGUGUUUUCGAUUACCAUAUAUUAUGGGACCCUCAGUUUUAUGUACCUGCAACCAAAGUCAAACCAUUCACUAGAUAAAGACAAAUUUACCUCAGUAUUCUAUGCAGUGGUAAUUCCCAUGCUAAACCCAUUGAUCUAUAGCUUACAGAAUCAGGAGGUAAAAAAUGCUAUGAAGAAAAUUAUUAGAAGAUGUAUUGUAGUAAUAAGUGGUCAAUUUUGUUGA